CUCUUCCAUGGGACGGAGUCCCUAAAUGUCGCAACCUCCAUGGCUCUGAAAUGUGAGUUGGCUCAAUACCAUGGGCACUAUUGAGAGAGUUUCUGCGUGCUUCUUGCCUUUCUCUAUCGGCCCUGCCUAUCCCUGAUUGCUACCGUCACCACCCUGUUUACCCCGGAUUGCCCACGGCGGGCGAAACAACACCUCGGAUCGAUUCAAACUCAUGCUGACAGAAGAACCAUGGCAGCCGCAAUCCGCAGACUGCGGCGCAAUCCCCAUUUCCUCUUCGUCCAUCUGCCGCAUAUUCUCUCCUUCCUCUGCAUCGUUGCAGGCGUCGUCUGGCUGCUCCUCCUUCCCCUCAACGAUUACUCCCGCCAAACGUACAUCUCCGAAAACGCGCUCUUACCCGGUCAGGUCCACGCAUAUUUCUCCGGCAGUGAACAGCACAUCUUCCGGGGAUACAAGAAGGAGCUAGAGGCGAUCCUGGAGCGCCAGACGCCAAGUGAGCAAGACAGCAGAAACGACGAAUUCACCCCGGCUGUUUCCGAUAAGGUCCAGUCGAUCUUGCGAGCUGCAGGACUCAAAGUCGCGACGCAGAAGUACGAGUACACUUCAUCGGGGAUCACCCAUCAGGGGCAGAAUGUCUACGCGAUUAUUCAAGCACCGCGGGGUGACGCUACUGAAGCCAUUGUGCUGGUCGCGGCCUGGAAGACUGCCAAUGAUGAACUGAAUCUGAAUGGUGUAAGCCUUGCGCUGACGCUGGCGGGAUACUUCAAACGUUGGUCCUUAUGGUCGAAGGAUAUCAUCUUCGUGUUCCCACCGGACAGUAAAUCGGGCACCCAGGCGUGGAUUGACGCCUACCAUGAUAUGCAACCGGCAUUUGUGCAGCCGCUGCCCUUGAAGAGCGGCGCGUUGCAGGGAGGCUUGGUGAUUGAGUAUCCCUUCGAUCAUCGGUUUGAGUCACUUCAUAUUCUUUACGAUGGCGUCAACGGCCAGCUGCCCAAUCUGGACCUGUUCAACACGGCUGUAUCGAUUGCUGGUGGCCAAAUGGGUAUUGGUUCCAACCUGCAAGAAAUGUGGGAUCACAAUGACAGCUAUGAAAUGCGGCUGCAGACAAUUCUGCGAGGCAUGGUCAAGCAGGGCUUCGGCUACGCCACGGGUGCGCAUAGCAGUUUCAUGCCAUACCAUAUUGACGCCAUCACGCUGCAGCCCAAGGGCGACGGUUGGCAGGAUGAGAUGGCAUUGGGCCGUACCAUCGAGGGUCUCUGUCGCAGUUUGAACAAUCUCCUGGAGCAUCUGCAUCAGAGCUUCUUCUUCUACCUGCUUAUGCAGACCAACCGCUUCGUCAGCAUCGGUACCUAUCUACCCAGCGCCAUGCUGAUUGCCGGAAACUUUACCAUUAUGGCCAUUGCACUCUGGCUACGGACGGGAUACUAUAUCGGCUCGGAGCAAACUGCCGUCAAGCCUCCAACAGUAAGCGCAGGAGAGACGAAUAAGCAAGUGGCUGUUUCGACGGAGAAGUCCGGUGCGAACACCGCGCAGCAACCAGCCGUCAAAACCGACUCAAACAGCAUCAUCGAGCGACAACUUGCCCUGCCGCUCACCCUUGUCGUCGGCCUCCACCUCCUCGGUCUCAUCCCUCUCUACAUUUUCAAUAACAUCAACCACCAGUACUACCCAACCGCAACCUACGCCAGCAUCGCCAUCAACGCCAUCCUCCCCAUUGCACUUGCGGCCUGCCUCACCCGCGGCCUGACGACCACCCCGCGGGAACAGUCGCAACAAUCCCUGCUCAUCAAAUCGUUCUCGCUCCUCCUCCUCGGCCUCUUCCUCUCCACGCUCGCCACCCUCAACUUCUCCCUGUCCUUCAUGAUCGGUCUCCUCUGCACCCCGCUCAGCUUCGUCAACCGCAUCGACCCGCGCACCGCCUCCCGCCCCCUGCGGUCCGUGCUCGCUGUCGCCGGCCUCGUCCUCUUGAACGUACUGUCCCCGCCCGUCGUCCUUCUCGGGGCGUGCUGGUAUGUCGGGGUCGACGUGGAGACGGUCCUCACGCGGGCGGCCUUCGGGUGGGACGUCUGGGGCAUGUGGACCCAGGUGGUGGUCUGGUGUGUCUGGUGGCCCGCCUGGGUGACUGGGUGUGCUUUGUUGGGGUUCUCCCUGUUCUAGAGCUUCUUGUUUGUUUCUGAAGGGUAGGUAGAGCAUCAUACAAGAUGGCUUUGCUUUACUUGCUCGUCUGCUUGAACGC